GUCUGUUAUAAGAAGUGAUGAAGUUAAUUUAUCCAGUUACCCUAAAGUCACCCGUUGGGGUACGUCGGGUACAUCAUCCCAAGAAAGCAACGAACAAAAUAGAAAAGAUGCCAACGGAGUUCCCUGGAAUCACAGGCCUGACGAUCGUCAACGGAAACUAGAUUAUGUGACUAACAACAUGGGAGUCACAUAUUACUACAGCAAGGAAAUACCUCGUAUCGAAGAAAAAUCGGAUAAUUUACCUGAUGCUGGGGAGGUUAUGCAAAGUCCACAAAACCAUAAACCUUACUUCAGUUAUUUUUACAAACCUCAAAAUCACGCCAACGCUAAAGCUGACGUAUCUGAUGAUUUCAAACCACCAGGUGAAGGAAGCGCUGUUGACUACUCAAGCUAUAACCAUUAUCAAAACGAUAAUCCUAAACCUGUUUCAAAUUUGUACAAUUCACCUUUUACAUCCUACAAUCCACCCAAAAAUCCAUCACCGUCAGCACAUGAUUUCGUUCAAUAUCCUCCGAAUGAUAACCCACCACCAGUUGUUGAACCUAAAGUACCUUUGACAGAACUUUAUAGUCCUCCGGCAGAUUCUUCUUCAGAUAAUGGUAGUGAUUAUCCUGACCCAACUGUUGAUUCCUACAACACUCCUAAACCACCUAAGGGUUCUAAACCAAAACCUCCUGCCCCCGUUUAUGGGCCGCCACCAGUACCAGCUACACCGAAACCUCCAAAACCUGAAGCCAAUGUUCCAGAGAAGCCUACGAAACCUAACGUGUACAAAUUUCCGGAACCGUUCCCUGUACCUCAGGUGUUUGAUUCUAAUGGUCAUCCUCCUUCGGCUACCUCUUACGGUGAACCAGUUGACGAUGACUAUUUUAACCCGCCGUCUACAACAAAACCUAAGGAUUCCAUGAAAAAGAAACCUGCAAAACCUGCUGAAACAUAUAAACCACCUUUUGAAAUCGACGAUGGCAAUGAAGUAGAAUAUGAUAAUGAUGACAACAAUAAAAAACCAAAAUAUCCGUCUGCUCCGAGACCAUUUCAUCCACCUUUAGCACUAUCUGACGAAGAUGACGAUGACGAUGAAAGCUACCACAGUCCAAAAGAUCACGGCAAGGGAAAUCCGUUCCUGUUUCAACCUCCAGGCGAUGAUGACGAUGACAGUGGUGAUAGCCAAGAUAAUCAAGACAAUGAUUAUUACUCACACCAUCAUUCCAAACCAUCAAAGCCAAAAAUGAAAAAACCUCCAUCACAUGAUGAUAUGUACUAUCCCGAUAAUCCUAUGGACGAUUCUGAUGAUUCUCCACCACCAGGUCCGAAGCAUCCUUCAGCACCAGGUCCGAAACAUCCUCCAUCAGCAGCUCCUUCAGAUAUGAAGUAUCCUUCUCAUCCAGCGCCUCCUAUGCUUAUGGGUUAUCCACCAAAAGCUCCACCAAUGGCAGAAGGAGACUUAUCUCCUCCCCCAAUGGACGAUGGAAAUGAUGGAAAGCAUCCAUACUUUUCUGAAGACGAGUACGAGCAUGGACAUAAGUUUAACUAUGGUCCUUAUGAUUAUGACCACCAUGUAUACCAUGAAGUUACUACAACUACAACCACAUCCGCACCCCCAGAUCAUAGGGCAAAUUACAGUUAUUACUUUUUAGGACGUAAAUUGUGGUAUAUACCAUUGUAUUUCUCUAUUUACUUUAUUAUUUACGUAACUAUCCUUAUAAUAAAAUCUAUCGCCAGGCAUAAGGUAGAACUUGUUAACAAUUUUGAUUUUACCACAGCUAGAAGUGCUAGACAACUUCAUGAUUUAAAUAAUAUUUAUAGUAAUAUUUCUUCUACAAUAGAAAACGUAGGCAAAAAAUACAUGUAA